UUCAAGGAUCCUCACAUCAUUGACGAUCUAACCACUCAUUCACUUGGCGAGUAGGGGAGAGCCUUCGCCUGGGCAAUUCCUAAAGGUGGAAGGCCAGGCAUAUUCUGCCAUCGAUCGAUCAAACCUUCAAUCGGCCAAGGAUGGACCUUCACCAGCUCACGGCCUGGCUCAAAGCGCCGCGCUAUGAGGAUCAUGAGGGCAAGUACACAUUUGCCAUCGUCGUGCCGCCUCUGACGCCAGAGCUCAGGAACGCAAGGUACGGGGUGUGGACCAAUGCGAAAGGCGCACUGUCCGCUACGCCGCCGGAGGACGGAGAAGAGGAGGACGAGCUGGCAAGUCGAGCUCAGUCCCCCAUCGUGAUUGAUGAUUCGCCCGCACGACUUCCACGGCAAGAGCCUGAGGCUCAGCGUAGUCCAAGCCUUGGCAACGGGCAACGCCAGCUCGCUGUCUCCGAUAUUGUGUCCGUUUCAUCUCCUCAAGCACAACGUCGUAAACAGCGCAACCAAUCCUCCCUCUUCCGGGCCAGCGACGACGACUACGAGAGCAGCUCCGACACCGAGCUCCAGCCUUCCAUGUCAGAGGCAACUCCGGGUCGUCAAGCCAGCGGGCACACCAGCGCAGAGCUCACCAACACCGCUCUCACCCAUGCUGAUCGCAAUGAGGCCUCGUCAUCCACACAGCCUCUGCCUUCCAGCGGACCCCGCCUUACUGCACAGGAGAGAGCUCGCGCGGCGGCAGACGUCAUCCGCAAGCAACGCCUCGAAGCCGAAGCGGCCGCAGAGGCUGAGGAGGUGGCCAGGCGAGAAGAACAAAGAGAGCGCAAGCGGAAGAGGAAGAGGGAGAAGGAGGAGAAGUUGGCAGCAGCGGCAGCUCGCGCGAGGAGGAAGCUCGGCAACGGGAGCGACGCGGACGAUAGUAAAGACGACGUUGCCAACUUGAGGUCGAAUUUGAACGCGGAUGCCUUUGUGCGGGCUACGGCUCCAAAGGGCCGCAGAGAUUUCCGAUCUCAGUUGCAGAAGCUCAGCAAGGCGAGGAAGGGGAAGAACAAGCAGCGUAACAUCAGGGAUAGCGAUGAUGACGAUGACGAAGGCGGCUCGUCGUCGGACAGUAGCUCAUCCUCGUCCUCGGGUACAUCUUCGAGCUCGGCCUUCGUCGUCUCAGACGAUUCCAUUGAAGAUCAAAGGGCGCGCAACGACAUUCGUGCAGUCGAAAGUCAGCGAGCUGGCCAAUUGCACCGUCCUUCCGCUCGUCGCCCCUCACCAUCCAGCCGCUCGCUCGGCAUCACCAACAGUCGCAAUGGCGGCGGGGGCGGCGAAGGGCCAAGCGCUUCCGCCUUGAGUCGCAACGACGCUCUCCUCCUGCAUGGCCGACUGGAUCUAGAUGAAGCUGCCAGCGAGUUCUAUCACUGGGUAGUCAUUAUGCUCCUCUCCCUCCCCGUCUCACAAGAAGACGAAGCCCUCAUGAAUCGUGCCCGCUCACGCCUUCAAUCACACGUAGACGAUUCCCUCCGCCUCCUCUCUACGCAGGCGCAGCGUCGCCAAUUCGGCUGGUACCUUCGACACUACCCUCUCUUCAAGCGCGAGGCAAUGAGUCGCCACGAAGGAAAAAAGGGCUGCGCGGCUUGCCAUCGCAAAGGUCAGGCGUGCGAGUAUCGCAUCAUACUGUCUGGAAAACCCUACAAGCAGGAUACCCUCGAAUGGCUCGAUUAUGGCGAGGAUGCGGAAGACUCGAGCGACAUGAGCUCGAAUGACGAGAAUCGAGCAGAACAUCAGCACCCUGCCGACUCCACUCGCACCUACUCUCGUCGCCUCCCGCCCCCGACCGCGAGCGCAGAGGCGAAGAAGAGCUACACCUCUCAUGGGAGAGUGCACGUCUUUCAGUGCGGAUCGAGCUGCGCAGAGAGGGCAGAGGCGAUGCAUGGCAUGAUUCAUUGGCAGUACGCUCAGCUGAACAAGGUGCAUGGCAGUAGGGACUUCAAGGUGCUUAAGGAGAAGCAGGCCAGGGGUGGAGAGAUCACAGCAGAGGAUGUGGGGAGGGUGGCGAGGUCGAGGAAGGAUUACUUGAAGGGGCAUCUGAAUUGGUUCAGAAGCGUCGCUACGAGACUGGCCAAGGCUAGGUAGGGGGAAGGUGGCUGGCUAAUGGGAGUGGAGCAAUCCCAUCUUGUACCUCAUGAUCACGGCAGCAGAGCAUCAUCAUCUCACGCACUCGCUCGCACGCAUCCACGACUGUAUGAAUUCCUUCUAUCGAUAUCAGAAGCCAGUGCUAUCGCCUC